UGUGCGGAAUCGUCUGACAUUUUGGGAAGGCAACUGUACGACUGAGUGUGUACUCCGUUGUGUUUUGUAUUUUGCGACUGUGCCUACCAUCAUUGUGGUGAUCCGAGUUAAUGAUUGAUGUGAUUUACAAGGGUGGACAAAAUGUAGAGUGGCGACUUCUUUGAGUCUUUGAGAAGGAUCGUCUAGGGAAAGAGGAACGAUAUCACACGAAAUCGGUGUGGAAACUUUUCUUGCAACGCGUAUCGAUCUCUCUCCACGGGCAAUGCAUCUUCUUAGCCUAUCGUGCUAUGUUUGUAAACUAUUGACCUUGCCUGUAAAAGAUCGGUGAAAAAUCCUCAGUCGCAGAGAAAUCACGAUCGACAAUGGAAUUCAUCGGCGACUACGAGUACAACUCAAAAGAUCUGAUAGGCCACGGCGCAUUCGCCGUGGUCUUCAGAGGUAGACAUCGUAAAAAACCAAAUUUUGUAGUGGCAAUUAAAAGUAUCACCAAAAAAAGUUUGGCAAAAUCACAGAAUCUACUUGGGAAAGAGAUCAAAAUUUUGAAGGAACUAACAGAAUUACAUCAUGAAAAUGUUGUCGCUUUAUUGGAUUGCAAGGAGUCUAAUCAUAAUGUCUUCCUGGUUAUGGAGUAUUGUAAUGGUGGGGAUUUAGCUGAUUAUCUAAGUGCAAAAGGAACUCUUUCUGAAGAUACUAUCAGAGUAUUUUUAAAGCAACUAGCAGGUGCAAUGAAAGCACUACAUGCCAAAGGUGUAGUCCAUAGAGAUCUUAAACCGCAAAAUAUUUUACUCAGUCAUAAUUGUGGCAAGGCUUGUCCACAGCCACACCAGAUAACAUUAAAGAUUGCGGAUUUUGGGUUUGCUAGAUUCUUACAAGAUGGUGUAAUGGCAGCAACAUUAUGCGGUUCACCAAUGUAUAUGGCACCAGAAGUUAUAAUGUCACUUCAAUAUGAUGCAAAAGCAGAUCUCUGGUCUUUAGGAACGAUAGUUUUUCAAUGUCUUACUGGAAAAGCUCCAUUUCAAGCUCAUACACCUCAAGCUUUGAAAUUAUUUUAUGAGAAAAAUGCAAAUCUUGGACCUAAAAUUCCACCUGGAACUUCACCUGAAUUAUCAGAUCUUUUAAUGGGCUUGUUAAGACGUAAUGCUAGAGAUCGUAUGCCAUUCGAUGAAUUCUUUGGGCAUCCUUUCCUUCAAGGUUCCAGGGAAAGCCCAAGUCCUGUUCCUGCUGAACUUCCUGCUUCUCCAGGAACACUAGCGAUUCAAGUGGGUACAGCUGUUACAAGAUUAGAACCAGAAACUACUAGUCCGUGUUCCAGUCCUGAAGAUGACUUUGUACUUGUGCCAAGUGAUCUCAGCAGUGACACAGACAAUAAUACUAAUACGCAAAUAAAGUAUGUCAAACAAACUAGUAGAGAAGCAGUGAGUCCACCACGACCAUGCUUCCUUCCCAUUUCGGAACCAAUUCCUGUUCCGUCUCAAAGAAGUAUUGCACAACCAUCAUCUCCUUCUACUAAUGUAAGAUCAGGAAGUAGUGUUGUUCCUCGCUCUCAACCUAUAAGUAUGAAACGCAGUGUGGAUACGCAUAGGAGUCAUGCUCCUGACAUUGGCUCUCUUAGUCCACCUAGUGUUCAAUUUGUUAUUGGUACACCACCCAGUAGGAGAUUAAGUGAAACACCUCCACCGCCAAAUACAUGGCAAGUUAGUCCUGUUGCAAGGCAUUCACAUACUUCCAGUGGGACGUCUCCAUUACGGCGUUCGACUGGGAAUAAUAGUGCAUCUUCGCCAUUACUAACAGGGCCAUUAGCAGUCUUAGGUUCUCCUACAUCGAGAGCAUUUCAGGAUAAUAACAACACACUGAGACAUUCACCAGUUAUUCCUUUUGGUACAAGAGCUGUUACUCUUCCUGAAAUAUCUGAAGCGGGUAGUUUCCAGAAUCUUUUACCAGAAGUAAAUCCUACGAUAGAUGAUCAGCCAUUGACGUUCUUCGCACCUGAACUUCCAGAGGAGACGCUUUUGGAACGAGAACACAACGAAAUAUUAGCAAAGUUAAACUUUGUUGUUGCAUUAUGCGAAUGUGUGUGUGAAGUAGCAAGAACAAAAGCAGGACCUUUAGGUGCGCCUUUAGGUGGUAUUGAACAAGCAAGCACUGCUGCAACGAGGAGAAGAGCAGAACAAGUAAUUUUACUUGUCAGAGCUCUUCAAUGGCUCAGUUCUGGAUUAAGUCUUGCAACUCAACAAUUGAAGGCUGGUCGGUUGCAGCCAACUGCCACCGUUAAAGAUGUUGUAAACACAAUGAACGAAAAAUUUAGAACAUGUCUUGCUGAAUGUAAACAGCUCAAUAGUGCUGGGCUUCUUCAUCAGACUGGAGCUACUGCAGAUAAAAUUCUGUAUAAUCAUGCCAUUCAAAUGUGCCAAUCAGCAGCACUUGAUGAAUUGUUUGGUAAUCCUGCAGAAUGUUUCCAGCGGUAUCAUACAGCACAGAUAUUGCUCCAUUCUUUGUCACAACAUGUCAGCCACAGUCAAGAUAGAGCCCUCCUUAUUAAAUAUAAAGAUGCUGUUGAAAAACGCUUGUACGUACUUCAACAACAAGGUUACAUUUACGCAACUGACCCUACAUAGCGCUUGUGAAAAAUGGCAGCAGAGUACAGUGACCCGCCCAAAUCUGUACCGUGCUCGAUAUCUCUUUUCUGUAAGAUAUUCUGCCCUAUUCUGUAUAAAACCUGUUAAUUCAUUGAUCAUAAUGAUCUUGCUACAAAGAUGACAUUGUAGAAAAUUUAAGAUGACAUAUAUAAUACAGUUUGUUAGAUCUUAUACAGAAUAGGAUAGAUUACUCUGCGGAAGAAUACGAAAGUGAUUCUGUACAAGUUUCUUUAUAUGAUUUAUUAAUGAUGCGAAUAAUGAAUUAUAAUUAUAUAUAUAAUAUAGAUAUUAUAUUAUAUAUAUAUAUUGUAAUGUACGUAUGGUUGAUUAACUUUAUGACUAACCUUUAUUUCAUAUCAAACAAUAAACAUGUGUAUACUAAUAGCAUUGUGCGUUCAAUGCAAGGCACAUUUCUUAUUAAAUGGUAAUGAUAUAAUAACUGUAAAAAAAAUAGAGUAAAACAUUGUUUUCAUUAGGUGAUUUACAUUAAUGUUGUUUGCUACAAAAGAAUCAUCAAGUACAUUAUUUUUUCUUUUCAUCUGCAGCUGGUUCGAUGCUUGGUUUGUUAUUCUUAUAAAUUGUAUAGUUCAAUGCUGUAGCAAGAGUAGUCCAUGCUAAAUAUGGAAUAAUCAAAUAACCAGCAAGUGGAUUCACAUGAUAGAAAGACACACCCAUUGCUACAGUGCUUCCCCACAAUAAAACAAUUUCAUAUAAAGCCUAAAAAGCCAUGAAAGAAGAUAAUUAGAAAAGUAAUUAAAACCUAUGAUAUGUUUAUUUCUAUCAAAAUACCCAUUUUAUCUCGUGUAAUCCAAAGAAUAAUGGUGUCCAAGACCAAUUUAAUAUUAAAUUAGUUCCAUAAAUAGAAA